AUGUCAGACUUUACGGCGUCCGUGGAACCCACAAGCAACGGCUUCGCAGUUUGCGGAUACGAAAAGAUUGACUUAAACAUUUACAAUCUCUACGGGGAGCAGAUCCAGCAAUACUUUGACCACUAUGCGAUUGAGUUCAAGGUGCACAAGACUAUGAUUGGCGAAAUGGCCAAAAGCAUGGAAACCAUGCUCAGCAUCGUUGACUCGAUGACCGAGUUUGGUGUGUACCGCAAAGAGCCUGUUCUGGUUGUGGGUGGCGGUCUUGUCACUGAUGUAGCUGGAGUGAUCGCCUACGGCCACACCUGGUCUCCCACCCACGAGCUUGUACCUGACCCUCCUCUCCGUCACGGUCAUGCCAUUUCGGUUGACAUGGCUUUUUCGGCCACGCUGAGCCUCGUCCGAGGCAAAUUGUCCGAGGCUGAUCACCAGCGACUUCUGAAUCUGUUCUCGCGUGCCGGCCUGGCCAUAGACCAUGUCGACUUUGAUGAGAAGUUCCUCGCCACUGCCACGGCCGCAAUCCUCAAGACGCGAAACGGACAACUCCGUGCCGUUGUGCCUGUGAGUCCAAUGGGCGUGUGCACAUUCCUCAACGACGUCACCCACGAGGAAAUGUGCGAGGCGCUCAAGUUCCAUAAGAAUCUUGUGAACGACACGGGCUACACCUUGGACGGUCAGCCCAUCGAGGGCAUGAUCCAGGAAGCGAAGGCCAAUGACGACAAGGAGAUUUAUGCAGAAUCGCAUGAAUUUCUGGCGCAGCCCUCAGACCUUCGUGUCCAAGCUUAG